AUGUCAACGGAGCCUGCUUUGGCGCCAUCGGAUACGCAAGUGACGCAUCCGACUCCCAGUCCCAACACGACCGCGAGCAGCGACCCAGUACUCACCAGCGAGAGCGCUGUGGCCCAGCCCGCGGACUCGUCUUCAGACCACGCCACCGCCGAGUCAACGGACACCGAGAUGCGCUACCCCAACGGGAUGCACCCGAUGCUGCGGUACUGCAAGCCCUACUGGUGGCCGUACCGCACCUUUGUAAAGAACCGCUGGAUCGGUCGCCAGCUUCUCGAGGUCAUUGCGACCGAGUUCCGCGACCGCUCAGUAGAGUACUACCGGCACGCGCUUGAGAGCGGCGUGACGCGCGUCAACGGAGUCGCAGCGUAUCCCGAGUACAUUCUGCGCAACGGUGACAGGUUGGACAACACGGUACACCGCCACGAGCCGCCGGUGACAAACGACCCGGUUGUGCUUUUGCACAUCGACCGAGAGCGCGAAUUCUGCGUAAUUUCCAAGCCGGGAAGCAUGCCCGUUCACGCGGCUGGGCGAUACUUUAAACACACAAUGUUGGAGGCCCUGCUGGCCGAACACGGAAUCAAGGGAUACGCCGUAAACCGCCUUGACCGCCUUACUUCCGGCCUUAUGAUCUUGGCGCUGAGUGGGCCGGCCUCGCGCGAUUUGGCGCAGGAAUUCUUGGAAGGAAAGGUCGGCAAGGAAUACGUCGCGCGCGUUAAUGGCCGAUUCCCCGAAGAAGAAAUCACCGUCGACCAGCCUCUCCUCACGGUGGAUAGGCAGAUGGGGUUAGUCAUCAUCGCGCCGGAGGGCAAGGACGCCAAGACGGUGUUCACGCGCAUGAGCUACGACGCUUCGCGGGACCAAAGCGUCGUCCAUUGUCGUCCCCUCACCGGAAGGACUCACCAGAUCCGCGUACACCUCCAAUACCUUGGCCAUCCAAUUUCCAACGACCCGAUCUAUGCGAGCGAGGCAGCGUUCGGGCCGGGUUGUGGCCGCGGAGGCGUAGAUCUCGUCGAGCAGGGAGAACAGAAUACCCACCUUGCGGCAUUGGCUGAACGUGUCCAGGCCGCCAAGGCGAGUGGGGGCAAAACUGGUCUUCCGCCCCCGGUUCCAUGUGACGCAGACCGCCUCGCUGGUCGUGAGCAGGGUCCCGAACGCGCCGCGACCACACGAGUGACGGAUAAUGUCGACCUCACGUCGCCAAUUCGACUUAGUACGCAGGCGCGAAACGUUAUCGCCACGCUGCGGAGACAGCGAGACGAGGCGGAAGAUUGGGUGAAAUGGAACGAGGUAGUCUACGCCACCAAGAAGGUGCAGGACGCACUUGAUGCCUCUGCAUCAGAAAAGGACAAGAGGCCCAAGAUCCCUCAUCCCCGCAUGAACCAGGGCGCGCGUGCGCAGAAGGCGGCCGAACGCCCCGAAAUCCCCGAGGAGGCCAUCCGACACAUGCCCCGUCCGGCACAUAUUCCCAAGGGGUUCUGCCACGACUGUUUCGUUCCCGUUGCUGACGACCCGGACCCGUCGACCCUCUUUAUUUAUCUGCACGCGCUCAGUGUGGUGCCGCAUGAGGCUUUGGGGGAUGCUGCCGAGCCGGAGAAGGUGGAGGUGGAGGAGGGCGUCCGUGCCGUUGGAUAG